AUCAUUUACACAGGGGCUGCUUCAACCAUUACCAUACGUUUCUCUCUCAUCCACUAUCCUCUGUCUCCUCCAUCAUCUGUGAGAUUAUCCCCAAAUUCCCCAUUCUUACAAUUUGUUGCCAGUAUUCCUAAAAAAAUCUCCAAAAUAUGUCAUCUUUAGACAGCCGGAAUUUUGAAGAAGGGCAAAUGAGUCAACCAGUAAGCCUUGUCGUCAAUGUUUCUAGUGGUACAUAUUCGAGUGACGGAAACAAUCUUUCAAGAAAUGGGACAAAGGUUUCCAACGUCUUACUCUCUUCGAACGUCGUUUCAGCCGGAGCCUUGUCCAAACAGCUGCCCUUUACAAACAAUCAGAAUCCAAUAGAUGGUGGUGUGAUUGAGUCUGAGGGCACUUGUCGUUGCUUUUCACUGGAUGAGGUACUAAUAGCGACUAACAAUUUUGAUGACGCAUCAGUUAUUGGGAAAGGGGGAUUCGGUAAGGUAUAUAAAGGGUUCAUCGACGAUGGUGCCACGAUGGUUGCCAUAAAGCGGUUGAAUGCCGAGUCCAAGCAAGGUGCAGGAGAGUUUUGGAUGGAGGUCAAGAUACUUUCAACACUCCGGCAUGCUAAUCUUGUCGCGUUAAUCGGCUACUGCAACGACUGUCAUGAGAUGAUUCUUGUUUACGAAUAUAUAGCUCGUGGGGCCCUUGCCGGUCAUCUCUACAAGCUAAAUACAACAAAAAGCAAUACAAGUAUAUCUCCUCUCUCGUGGGAACAAAGACUCCACAUUUGUAUUGGUGCUGCCCGCGGAUUAGACCACCUUCAUAGUGGUACCAGCCAGAGUUUCAUACAUCGAGAUGUGAAGAGCACAAACAUUCUGAUAGACGAGAAUUGGGUAGCUAAGAUUUCGGAUUUUGGAUUGUCGAAAGGCACUACAAGUCACUCAAUAACCCAUAUAAGCACACAAGUGAAGGGCACAUUUGGGUAUAUUGAUCCUGAGUAUUUCAUUACUCAAAGACUGACAGCAAAAUCUGAUGUGUAUGCAUUUGGUGUGAUAUUGUUAGAAGUGUUAUGCGGGAGGCCGGCCGUGGAUAGAGAACUUAGCGAGGAGCAAAUAAGUUUAGCCCGUUUUGCUCAAGAAUGCAUCAAAGAGGGAAAGCUUGCCAGAGUCAUUGACCCCUCUCUCAGAGGACAAAUAGCACCACGUUGUCUGAAGUCUUUUGUUCUACUUGCCAACAAUUGUUUGCAACAAAGUCCCAAAUCACGGCCCACAAUGGCCGAAGCGUUGGGCAGCCUUGAACUCGCAUUAGUAUCCCAACAGAGAGGAAGAACAGAGGGAUUAAUGACCAAAACGUUUCAGAUUUUGAUGAACAGAGGGAAUAGAUCCUCAAGUGGACAAUUAAAAGAUUUGCUGAGCUCCAGUGAAGAUCCUGAAAUUCACUUUAAGUACAUUAAGGCGGCUGCCAAGGCUGGACAAAUCGAGGAGGUCGAACGAGUUACAAGAGAAUCCAACAUCUAUGACCCUGAGAAGACAAAGAACUUCUUGAUGAAAGCAAAGCUUCGCGAUGCACGACCACUUAUCAAUGUAUGCGAUCGUUUUGGGUUUGUUCCAGAGCUGACCCACUACCUUUAUUCGAACAACAUGCUCAGCCACAUUGAAGAUUAUGUUGAGAAGGUAAACCCAGGAAAUGCUCUGUUAGUUGUAAGGCAACUGCUGGAUGACGACUGCCCUGAAGAUUUUGUUAAAGGCCUUAUUCUAUCUGUUCGUUCUCUACUUAUAAUUGAACCGCUGGUGGAGGAGUUGGAGAAAAGGAAUUGGCUUCAGUUGCUUACCGAGUUCUUAGAGCAUCUUGCAUUGUUAUCCCAACACACAGGAAGAUAUGAGGGAAUAAGGACCAAGGCAUUUCAGACGAUGGACCGUUGGUUGAAAACUGGUACCCAGUUAUACCGCCAUUUCUCACUUGGUGACAUUCGUGAUGCCACAAAAUAUUUCAAAAAGAGCUUUUUGGUAAAUCUCAUGUUGCGAUCAAGAGGUGUAAGAAACUUAAAGCUGUUGGGGAUGAGAUUCAUCCGAAGAAACUGCUCCUCCAACCCAACAUACUCUCUCCGAUAG